AUGUGGAAGGCCUUGAAGGAAGCAACUGUGAGAGUGGCAGGAAAGCUGUAUGGAAGAAUAUGUGGGAGAAGAGCAGGAGAACGAGAAACAUGGUGGUGGAUGGAAGAGGUCAAGGAAAAGAAGAAAACUUUCAAGGAGUGGCAGCAUGACGAGGAGAGCCUGGAGAAAAGGAACCGGUACAAAGUGGCGAAGAGAGAGACAGAAAGAUCCGUGGCAGUAGCCAAAGAGGAAGCAGUUCGAGACUGGUACGCAGAGAUGGAAACACCGGAGAAGGAAGAAGUGCUAAAGAGAUGGAGAGAAUAUUUUGAAGACCUGUUGAAUGUAGAGAACGAAUGGGAAUAG